AUGUUUUACAAAAACAAUGCAAUCGCAGUAGCAGUAUUAUUUUUAAUGUUUAUAUUAUCAAUAAUAUCUAAUCAUCGAGUAGCAGCACAAGAAACAGUACUAUCAACCCAAACAAAGGAUUUUGUGACAAUGAUAAUCUAUGCAAACACUGAUUGUUCAUUGGGUGGACUUCCCACACAACCUCCACUCAAAGUAGUUUCAUUCAGUUUCAACACUUGUUACAGCUACGGAACAUUCAGUGUACAGAUACAAAAUAUUCAACCUUAUUUCUACACUACCUACGAUCAAAUCAAUUGUGGUGGUGCCAUUGAUAACAUUGCUUUUGACCAAUCGACAGGUAAAUGUAUCAAAUCUGACGCAUCUGCUACACCAUAUUGGUUGGUUUUUAAAAUCGGGCAACCUCAAACACCAUACAUCUUAUCAUCAUCCUAUUUAUACUACCAAAGAGUCCCCACUACAGUUCUUACAUGUAAUAUGGCAGUGACUACCAAUUACGACUAUCAAAGAGUUGUUGCCAAACCUAGUAGUUGUAUGAUGAAUGACUACCCAACAAGAACUAUGUUAACCAAUACUGGAACGGUUUCACGAGUCACUCUAACACACAAUCCAACAGGUUGUACUGGAGGUACCAGCUCUAAUUAUGGGUCAUUUUGUGCAGCACUUGAUUCAUCUCGUAUCGCCAAUGGAAUGGUGACUUUUUCGUCGCCAUUGCCUGAUCCCUCAGUAAAUGUAGUCACCUUUGGCCGUAUAUCAAUCUUGGAACCUGCUUAUGGUUUAACAAACGUUGCAUUGUAUGCACAUGCAUCUUGGCAAGCUGCCAAUGGUACAUCCUGGGAUCACAAACCUGGAUAUGUAUUCAUGUUGGACAACAAUAUGUAUUUCAAUGCUCCAAUGAAUUUCACAGGUCAUUUUAUCUUGACAAUCGAUGGAUACAAUUAUAUUCAAGAUAAAAAUAUAACUACUCUUGUAUCAUCUGAAUUUUAUUCACCUGAUUAUCCAAAAAUUCAAUCUAUAAAUAUAAUAGAUGUAACAACAAAGAGAAUUGAAUUCAGUUAUGACCCAACUGGUGGAUUCCCAAAUCCCCUAUUUGAUAUUGAAUUGUUGGAUGACCAAGGUACUAUUUUGAUGUUUGAUACCGGUUCAAAUUGUCCACCUGUAUAUUGUGUAUUUGAUAUGUUACCAAAAGGCAUAAAUGUGACAAUCAAAGUAGAAAUGACUGAUAUAGCAGGUUUUGUCGACACAUUGUCAGUAACGGUCAACCUAGUAGAUCCAAUAUCAGCAUUCAAUUUUACUCUGACUCCUCAAUCAUCUCCUUAUCCUUCUGUCAACAUUUCAUUCCAAUACACUGGAACUGGUUUUGGAGGAUGCACAACAUGUCUUUCAAUUAUAGACACUCGAACCAAUACUCAACAAUUCACAUCCUCGUCCCUCUCAACCUCAUCCUAUCUCUUUGGACUCUUGUCACCAUCACCAACCAUUUACAACUUUACUGCCAACGGUACAAAUGAUGAAUUAACUCUUUAUCCACCUUCUCAACUUUAUACUUUUAUUGGUUUGAAUUUUGGUAUAAAAAAUGUUACUAUUCAAUCAAUAGAGAUUACAUCGGCAUCAGUUUUAUUUGGAGUUAAUGAUAUCAACCCAACUUUUUCUUUAAUUAUUACCGAUCUGGAUUCAACCAUUUCAGUACAAUCUUCAAAUACUUUAGAUGCACUCUUGAGGGACACCUUUACAAAUGUUGAAUCAAGUCUAUUUUAUUUCAAUAUGACCACCUAUCCUCUAUUGUCGGAUUUUACAAUCACUGUAUCCCAAAAAAUCAAUUCAUCCGAUCCUAAUAGUAACUAUUUAGAGAUUAGAUUCGAUUCGAUUGGAGGUGCUCCCAAUGCAACCAAUUAUGGGUACACUUCAGACUAUCCUAAAAUUUUAAAAGGAAAUUAUUCUGAAUUGGGAGUAUUUACAGAUGCCAACCCUAUUCUUCCCAGCGGACCUUAUUCCAUUACAGGUCAAGCCAAUAAUACUCAAUCCAUUCUAACAACAACCACAAUAUUCUCUUUAUAUAAUUUCCCUUUAAUCAAUGUAACAGGAUCAACUGAAUUUGAAACAGCCCUUAUUGAGUGGAAUAGUACUGGUGGUGUACCUGGUAAUAUUACCUAUCAAGUAUCGAGUAUUCCCUCUGACACUAGAAAUUCGCCGUAUGUAUGGUGCAGUGGAAUGAAUAUUAAUUCAUGUCUCAUCACUGGAUUGGUAUCACAAACAAAUUAUUCAUUUGAAAUUCAAAUGCUAUCCCCAAUAUUUGAUCCAGUUGUUUUAAAUAUCGACUUGCAAACUAAAAAAUAUCCAUAUAAUGUAACAUGUGUUGAUUAUAAUAAUGGAAAUAGUCAAGUUGAUUGUAAUGGUCAUGGUCAAUGUAUUGACAGUACUUGUUUAUGUGAUGAUUCAAGAACUGGUAUCUAUUGUGAAAUCGUUAUUCCAGGUGGAAAUGGAAAUGGAACAAAUGGUGGUGGUGGUGGAGGAUCAACAAUUGAUCCAAAUCCAGGGAUCCCAGAAAUUAUAAUCACCAAUGACAAUUCAUAUUAUAAAUUUGUUAUAUCACAAAUUAGAGAGGUCGAUAUUGAUGAUCAAAUAAUUAAACUGAUCGACCUAACAUCAUUCAAUUGGACACUGUCCAAUCAAAGCAAUCAAGCAACAUCAAUAUCACCAUCAAUUGUUAAGAUUCCAAUCACAUUUGCAAGUCAAACAUUUUAUAUUGAUAUUGGAUUACUCAAAUAUACAAUCGAUAUUGAUGGUUGGGAAUUUAAUAGUAGAUUAAAUACUCUUCAAUUGGUCACCAACGUAUCUCAACCAAUUAUUGAUUAUGGAGAGUGUAGUGAUAAAGAAAAUGAUGAUGGAUCUUUUAAUAAUAUUAUCAACAAUGCCACUGAAUUUACCUCAUUCUAUCUUGGUAAAGAUUCAGCAGUAUUGGGUAAAUUAAUUAAUCGUGCAUUAUUGGAUGAUAUUCCAAGAAAGAUAUCUUAUAGAGUUGAACAAAUUCAAGUUACUGGAGAAGAAGAACAAUUGAGUGUCAUCACACUUGUUCCCAAUUUCAACAGUCGAGCCACCCUCGAUCCAGACAUGCAAUUGUUGAUAGCCAGUAGUGAUGGUGGUGGUGGUGUAUUUACUUUUACAGCUACAACAAUAAAUACUCCUAAUUAA